AUGCCGUCAGCACAAUCCUCACACGAUGAUCCAACCGACCGACGUCCCGAUGUCAGCUACGGCUCCUUCCCAGCUGACACUCCCCCCCAACCCUCAAAGCCAACACAACCCUCCACACGCGCCCUCGCUCCCGAUCUUCUCCGCGGUCUCCUAAUGCUGCUUAUGGCAAUGGACCACAUGGCCCUCGCCCUAAACACCUGGUCCCACGGCACAGGCCGCGAGACAGAAAUGGACGGCGUCCUCAUAAGGCGCUGGAAUCGCACGCCCGCUUACAUCAUCCGAACGUUAACGCACCUCUGCGCCCCGGGGUUCACAAUGUUGCUUGGGAUAGGCGUGGUGUACCUUGGACGAUCGCGGAAGAAGCUGGGGUGGUCGAGUGGUCGUAUUGCGAGGUACUUUUUUAUAAGGGCUUUUGUGCUCACGGCUGUUAAUGUGGUGCUGGGUUGGGUUAUUACAGUGGGAAAAGUGUGGUUUAUGAAUUUUGUGCUGUUUUCUUUGGCGGUGGAUUAUUUACUUGCGGGAUUGCUGUGGGUUGCUAUGGACUUUACGGAGCCUUGGCUUGCGAAGCGUAUCCUGAGGAAAUCUACCGACGAAACUGAAGCGCUACUUGGAGGAAGUGAGUCUUCGGAUUUUGGAGAAACUGUCUCUUGGCACGUACACAAUGCGCUGCUUGUGGUGCUGGGUGUGGUAACGAUUUGGUGGAAUAUCUGGCUCUCACCUACACACGGGCACUGCACCGUCAACGACCAUUCAUCUUCUCUGACAAUUCUAUCAGCUGGUCAGCCUGGACCAGCAGAUAGUCCUGCUAUUUCUCAUAAUCCCUGGUUUGGAAUCUGGUUCUGGACUACGUUGACAGAGCGCGUUCAGUCGGUGUUUCCACCUAUGGCUUGGGUAUCAUUCGCGAUACUAGGUCUCUUGUACGCUCGCAUCGAUGUUGCUCGAACAUGGAACUCUCGUGUCGCAACGCUGUGCAACACAGCCGCUGGGAUAUUCUUCCUCAUCAUUUUUGUCCUCACACGUGUGUUACACUUUGGAAAUCUCUCAGAAGGCUGUCUCCAAACACCCGAGCACAUCGCGCAUCCCGACCAGAACCAAUAUCUCGUCUCAGUACAGUCCUUCUUCUAUAUAAUGAAGUAUCCACCCGACGUUGCAUUCUGGGCCUUCACCUUGGCCGGAAACCUAUUCCUUCUUGCGUUCUUCGGUGGAAUUCCUGCUAGUGUUGCUAAGCGCUUCACAAUGCUACUAGAUUUCGGCAGAGCUGCGCUGUUCUUCUACCUUGCGCAUUUGUUCUUUGUCUUUAUCUUUGGUGGAGUCAUGGUUGAUUGGUUUGGUCAUGAAACUGAGAACCAUGGACAGAUGGAUCCGGACUCCAAACGAGGCAUUGACAAUGUUUUCGCGUACCUUGCUAUUUGGGGGUUGUCGAUGUUGUUGCUGUGGCCUUUGGUGAGGUGGUAUGGCAGAUUCAAGGCCACCAAGCCAGCUGACUCCAUUUGGAGGUUCUUCUAG